CCUAAAACACCCCCUUUCUGACACACACAUGGUUGGUCCUGUGCUUUGAAAGCCCUCUGGCCUCGGCCACACCUUUAAUCUGGACAGCAAGCAACUCCCCAAACCAGUCUCGCAGCCCAUGGUGGAGUUAUGAAUGUGCUCACAGUCGGGCCGUCAGACUAAAAGCCCUUCAUCAGUCACUCUUCUAAUCCUGCGCGCCCACGUUAUAUAAAGUGGCCAUCCUAACCCACGUCACGCAGAAAACCUGCUAAACUCCAUUUAGGUUUUUUUUUUUUUUGUGGGUUUAUUAACUCCUGCUGUGGGAGCCGACUGAACUGCAGCAUCAUGCUCCUCAUCGUGGAACUGCUGCUGAUGCUCAUCGAUGUCACCUACUACAUCCUUCGCGCCGUGGUGCGCGUCGUCUUCCAUCCCAGGCCGAAGUCCGUCGACGGAGAGCUGUGUCUGAUCACGGGAGCCGGGGGGGUUCUGGGUCGCCUCUUCGCCCUGGAGUUCGCCAAAGAGGGGGCGCGCCUCGUCCUGUGGGACUGCGACACGGUUGCCAACGAGCGGACCGCGCAACUGGCUCGGAAGCAGGGCGUGGACGUGCGCGCCUACACGGUGGACCUGUCCAAGCGCCAGAGCGUCUAUGACGCUGCGGAGAAGGUGAGAGCGGAGGUCGGGGAUGUCUCCAUCCUGGUCAACAACGCCGGUGUGGUGGCCGGACGGAGGCUGCUGGAGUGUCCGGACGAGCUUCUGGAGAGGACUCUGCUGGUGAACUGCCACGCGCUGUUUUGGACUACAAAAGCCUUCCUGCCUCAGAUGAAAGUCAGAAACCACGGCCAUAUUGUCACUGUUGCUAGUGCUCUUGGCCUGUUCACCACAGCAUGUGUAGAGGAUUACUGUGCCAGUAAGUUUGGUGCUGUUGGCUUCCACGAGUCCCUGGCACACGAGCUGCGAGUAGAAAACAACGACGGCAUCAAAACCACGCUGGUGUGCCCCUACAUCGUGGACACGGGGAUGUUUUCAGGCUGCGAGAUCAGGAAAGAGAUUCGGAAACUGAUUCCUCCACUUGAGCCUCUCUAUACGGUCCAGCGAUCCAUGAAAGCCAUCCUGGCCGAUCAGGAAAUGAUCUGCAUUCCUCGCAUUAUUUACGUCCCCUUCAUCGCAAGAGCAUUGUUGCCUUGGGAGGCCAACGUUGUGGUGUAUCGCUUCAUGGGAGGCGAUAAGUGCAUGCUGCCCUUCAUCAAGAACGCCGAGACGAAGACCUCAUGCGGAGAGAGCCAGGCUUCCUGAGACUUUAACAAUGGUGUUUUUCAAUGUACUGAUGCACAUGCCAAAGGCUUUUUUUUCAUAAUGGUGCAUCCAAAAAAGAUAUGUACAAAGUUUCAAAAUAAAGUCUACUUUUAAUGCAGUAACUCA